AUGGCGAACGCCAAGCUUGUUGUAGUCGUGGCCACGCUCGUGAUCCUCCUGGAGGUGUCAACGUGCGCCCUGGCCCGGCACCACGGCAAGCCAGACCCGUGCAGCGGCGAGGACGACGGCUCCGCGGUGGGCACACUGCACAAGCACAAGAAGCCUGGCCACUGCCCGUCGCCGGGCGGUGGCGUCGGUGGCACCCCUGGCAUCAUGACGGUGAACGGGUUCCAGAAAGGAGAGGACGGCGGAGGGCCAUCGGAGUGCGACGGCAAGUACCACAGCGACAAGACCUUGAUUGUGGCACUAUCAACGCGGUGGUACGCUGGUGGGCGGCGGUGCCACAAGCCGAUCCGCAUCACGAGCAAGCAAAACGGGCGCACCGUGGUGGCCCGAGUGGUGGACGAGUGCGACUCCAACCACGGCUGCAAGGACAAUAUUGUGGACACCUCUCAGGCCGUGUGGGAUGCGCUCGGUCUUGACAGCAACAUCGGCGAGGUUCCAGUCACCUGGUCAGACGCAUGAAACCCACGGCGAGCGGGGGAGGCCAUUGGGAUGUAGCGUUCCCGAGCCAAGCAUCAG